UUUGGAUGAAACCCUGACUGAGAGUCUGAGUGGAACCCCCCUAACCCAGCCAGUCUCUGUGCUCUCUCCGCCUCUCCCCCUCACCCUCACCCUCACCUCGUAACUCUCUCGUCUCUCCCCUCACCUCGUCGCUCUCUCAGUCUCUCACCUCGUCCCCUCACCUCGGUCGUCGUUGCGGUCCCGUGCCCCUGCCCUCUCUUCGCCGGCGGCAGAAGCAGACGGAACCGGAUCUGGUCCCUUGGGGGGUGGUGGUGGUCGUCUUCUUGCUUCUCACGGUCUCUGUCUCGCACCUGGUCUCGACCUCUCCCUUCCCUGCGCUCUUCGUCGCCGGUAGCAGAGGCAACAGAUCCCGGUGGGCUGGUCUUCGUUGUCGUAUUCUUGCUUCGAGCCUUGCCAUCAGCUUCUCCUUCGCCGUCAGCUUCCUUGGUGCAACCCAAUUUGAUCGGUUCAAUCGGUUCAAUUAGUGAUCCAUUGGUUGAACCUGAGACCCAGUAGCCUGACCGGUUCGAUCACCGGGUCGGUUCUAACAACUAUGAUUUCAUCACAUUUGGUGUCUUUUCAAUGCGAAUAUUUAAAGCGCAUGUUGACAAAUGAGGCCAAUUCCUAUAGCUACAGGAAAGCAAACAAAAGCAUCAAGAAGAAGGAUAUAGUGACAAGUGUAGCUCCAUUCUGGAUUUUAAGGAGAUAAAAAAAAGAGUCAAGUCUGAUGAAUAUGUUGAAGCAAGCAGUCGGAAGAACUUGGAAAAGCAGCAGUGGUUAUGCUUCAGAAGGAGGAACAAAAAUUUUGGCUUGGAGUUAUGUUCCUUCAUUCUAUUUCCACAAUACACAAGCUCAUACAGCACCUAGAAGCUUUUUCGGUGUUGAGGAUUUCCUUGAUGACGACAACAGCAAACCUUACACUUACCAGAAAGGGAAGAAAUCAAAGAAUCCACAAAAACAUGUAUCAUUCAAACAAAGAACUGUUGCAUACAUGGAGCCUUUUACUCUUGAUGUGUUCAUCUCAAAGCGUUUUGUGUCGGCUUCGCUCACCCAUAGAGUGACAAGCAAACAGGUUGCAGUUUCUGGUACCAACUCCAAGGACAUAAAAGCUGUUCUUAAAUCUCGUUCAGACAUACCAGCUUGCAUAGCAAUUGGAAGGAUUUUGGCCGAAAGAGCAAGAGAAGCUGAUGUUUACACUGCCUCUUAUACUCCAAGGGAUAGGGAUAAAUUUGAAGGGAAAAUCAGAGCUGUAGUUCAAUCACUUAUUGAUAAUGGGAUUGAUGUCAAGGUUUAUCUUGAUUGAGUUAUUAACAUCUAUUUGAGCAAAACUUGCCAACUAAA